CUGCACGGUCUGUACUAACAGGAGCCUGCCUUCCCCAUUCCUCCGCAGCUCCCGCUGCCUGGGCACAAAGGGAAAUGCCCUGGAGAGUGAGUGACUGUUAGAGCAGCCAGAGGGGAGCAAUGGGAAGAGCUGCUUGCUGAGAAAAGGUGGUCUUGGCAGGACUGCAGACAGAGGACUCUCCCCAGCCCCCGGCAGGUGCCGGUCUAAACCAAGCUGGGAGGAUGGAGGCCGGCCCUGGCCCAGCCCCAGGCAAGGGAGGAGCCUCGGCUCAGAUGGGGCAGGUGGGGAGCCUGGGCUCAGGUGUGUCCUGUGCGAAGUGAUUGCUCCCUGGCUGGCAGAGACAGAGGAAAGCGGAUUGUUGGCCCCAGGACCCAGCUCUGGGAGGCUGGGCUUAUCUCCCCGACUCUGACUUGGAGGAAAGCAAUGGAAGAGCUGUGCUUAUCUCUUCAGCGAAGAAAUCUGAGAAGUGUUUAUUCCCCUCUGCAUGGAAAAUGGACAGAAAUGAUCCUGCAACCAUGGAAGGGGUAAGAAGCUUCAAGGAACUUCGAGCCAAAUUUCAAAAUCUUGAUGCUCCACCUCUUCCAGGACCUAUUAAACUCCCAGCAGGAGUUUCUCCAAACAGUGACAUUGGAGGCAAACAGUCAACUCAAAUUUUGGCCAAUGGGAAACCCCUCUCAUCCAACCACAAGCAGCACCCACCACACUGUUCCAGUAGUGAGUCCCGGCCUCUUCAACCUCAGAAAAUAAAGUUGGCUCAAAAGACUGAAAUUCCAAAAUGUUCUAGCUCCCCAGGGCCUCUGGGAAAGUCCACUGUAUGUUCUGCAGCAAGUUCACAGAACACUUCUCUGCUGUUAGAGGUGACUCAGUCAAAUGUUGAGAUAAUCACUAAGGAGAAAGUAAUGGUGGCCAAUAGCUUCAGAAACAAACUCUGGAACUGGGAGAAGGUUUCAUCUCAGAAAAGUGAAAUGUCAUCAGUCCUUCUCCUUGCCAACUGUGGAAGUAAGGCCUUCCAUCUGGAAGGGCAAAAAGGCAUGGGGCUUACUCCAGAGGAACCCAGGAAAAAGCUGGAAACAAAAGGAGCCCAGACUCUUCCUUCCCAGAAGCACUUGGUGGCCCCCAAAAUAUUACUUAAUGUCUCUGAAGAUCCCUCUUUUGUAAUUUCUCAUCAUAUCAGGAAGAGCUGGGAAAACCCACGUCCUGAGAAGAGCCCAGCAAGCAGCACCUACCAGCCCAUCUAUGAGUGUGAGCUUGCCAGCCAGGCCCCAGAGAAACAGUCAGAUGUCAGACAUCACCACCUUCCCAAAAUGAAGCCACUGCCCUCCAUCAACUCCCUGGGUCCUCCUCCCCAAAAGCCUUCAAGACCUACCGUCGUGAACCUCCAGGCCUUUCAGAGGCAGCGAGCUGCUGUUCCCAAGACUCAAGGGGAAGUGACUGUGGAAGAGGGCUCCCUGCCUCCAGAGAGGCUUUUCAAUGCAGAAUUUGAAGAACCACAUAAUUAUGAGGCAACAAUUUCAUAUCUGAGACACUCUGGCAACUCCAUUAACCUGUGCACUGCAAAAGAAAUUGCUGAUCCAACAUAUGAAGUUGGAAUUGAAGAACUCCAAAAGUCUUGGAAGAAUUUUCCCUAUCCAGAACCUAGUGCUAAACAUGAAGAUAAAAAAAUGAAGGAAAAAGAGCCAUGUGAAUUGGAACCUAAGAACGCAGAAAAGGAACCACAUUCAAACCAUGUUUUCAAGAUACUCCUUUAUCUGCUCUGUCAAUCUCCUACUGACGUUUGGAAAAUACAGUUUAAUAAAAUCUGCUUUUCGAGGUCUUCUCUAACCCCUCUCCCAGCCAAGAGAACCAGCCUCCUCAUCCUCUCUGUUUCCAUGAUGGUAGAUGCCUAUGAAGGGACACCUGAAAAAAUUCAGAUGACCAACAUCCACACAGGUAGAAGGAACAUGUUGGCUGGAAAGCAAGAGGCCAUGACUGACGUCAUCCAGACAAAUCCCUGCCCUGAGGGCCCGAAGCUGGCCAGGCACUCCCAAGGCCACUGUGGGUAUCUGGAGGUUUUGGAGUCGACUAAAGAAACUCCAGACCUAGGGGUCUCUAAGCCAAGUUCCAUCUCGGAGGAGAUAUAUGAUGAUGUCGAGUACUCCAGGAAAGAGGUACCGAAGCCAAACUUCCGUAGCUCAUUUGCCUCAAAUAGUGAAGAAAACAGAGAAGAAAUGUAUGAAGAUGUCUAUAAAACAAAGAACAACUACCCAAAGAUAGAUUUAGAUGGAAAAGGAGCACUCAAAAGACUGCAGCAAUUCUUCAAGAAAGAAAAGGAUAGAUUUAAAAUAAAGAAAACCAAGUCAAAAGAAAACUUAAGUGCGUUUUCCAUUUUGCUGCCUGAUUUAGAACUUAAGUCUCAGGAAGUUAUUAUCUAUGAUGAUGUGGACCUGAGUGAAAAAGAGUCAAAAGAUGAAGAUAAACUGAAAAUGUGGAAACCCAAGUUUCUGACACCGAAGGAAAAAAAAGAGAAAAACGGUGCUGAAGAAUCAGAAAGUUUCUCUCCUAGAAGUUUCUUCAAAACCAAGAAGCAAAACUUAGAAAAGAACAGAAUGAAAAGAGAAGAAAAACUAUUUAGAGAAAGGUUUAAGUACAAUAAAGAGAUUAUUGUCAUCAACACAGCAGUGGCCUGUUCCAAGAAUUCAAGAAAUGGAAUAUUUGAUUUGCCAAUAAGUCCUGGAGAAGAACUGGAAGUCAUUGAUACCACCGAACAAAAUCUAGUGAUAUGUCGUAAUUCCAAAGGCAAAUAUGGAUAUGUGCUCAUUGAACAUCUAGAUUUCAAGCAUCAAAGUUGGUCACCUUAGAAAGAUCACGGUCAAAUGUUACGGACUGCACAAGGGAGAACUAGUCCUAAGAUCCUAGUCCUGCCUUACAUCAGUUUCAGUUUACAUGUCAAAAUUUUAGAGAUGGUGGAAUCUGUGGAAACUUUCGUUCUGAACUUAAAAGAGAAAAAUAAAAACAAAUCCUCAACAUUUAGAUGUUGGUUUUACUCCUAAAAGGUUAUCUUUCAAUGUCUAUUUCAGUAUCUACUUCACUGCCAGUUCAAGAGAAUGUGAAACAGUAUGUGUUAGCAUUUGAGCACUUAUUUAAUGAGCCAUAUCCAAAGUUAGAAAUCAUGCCUUAUGGCACCUAGUCAGUUGUGCAGAUGGUUGGUUUGCUUCUAAUAUUAGCACACGAGCGUUUGUAAUUUCUAGAUGUUGUGCAUUCAAAUUUGGUAUAAUUUAAUUCUGAACAGUAAACAGUAAACAGUGUAACCAAGGUCUUUUAAAUACUCAAGUUUAAGGUAUAAUCUUAAUUAUGACUCAGUCUUUAAAAAGGUAUAAAUGUCCUUUUACUUUAUCACAAAAAUAAACUCAUAUGAAUACUGUUCCACAUUGGUUUCUUUUGGGAAUAGUUUCUCAAAAAAUAAUUUAUUCCUAAAUUCACCCAUCAUUUUAAGAAGUGCCCAAAUGUACUUAACAAAAUAAUAUAUAUGCUGUCCACUUUAAAACAUCUUUUUGUCCAAAAUAAGAACAAUUGUCAUUAUUUUGUCUAUGCCCAAAUAACUAUUCAACUAAUAGCAUUCAUAUGUACUUUCAUUUAUAUGGAAUUAAAUAAAAAUUUAAAAACUGA